AUGGAAGUAUGGUUUUUGGCCGGACUUGGCAAACAAAGAUUUAGUCUAAUGUUCACUUUGCCACAAACAAAUGCAUUCGGGAAUCAAAGACUAAAACAACACUUGGCGGCGGGUUACGGAGAUGUUGCUAAAUGCCCCAAAACAACUACAGAGAUUAUGAGGGAAAUGCAACAAUAUAUGCAAGGCACAUCAAGAAUGAAGAGAUCAAGGGUGGUCUUGGAUGAUAAUGUGGAUGAUGAUGUGCAAGAAUCGGCAAGGGAAGAAACACAACCAUCAUCUCACGAUUCCGUUACUUAUCCAAGUUCUGGGACGGCUAGUAAGAGAAAACAAACCAUGUUGAGAUUUGUAGAACCGCAACCGAGAGUAGGAAAAAAAACUCAAUCAGUUGCAUCACUACUUAGAAAGACCCCUGAAGAAGUAGUUGAUGAGAGGCAUUCCAAGGGUCCUACUCAAAGAACAAUUGAGGCUUGUACGAAGAGUAAGGAAGAAACAAAGAGGACAAUGCUACAUAUAGCAGUUUUUUUUUAUGAGAAUGGCAUACCAUUUAAUGCGGCUAAUUCAAGAAGCUUUGAAGUAAUGGUUGAAUCAAUUGGACAAUGGGGGCUGGGAUUGAAGCCUCCUAGCUUUCAUGAGUUACGAGUACCCCUCCUUUUGGACUCAAAGCAAGUGACUGAUAAGUUGAAAGAAAGACAUAGACUUGCUUGGAAGCAAUACGGGUGCACACUCAUGUCUGAUGGGUGGACCGAUAAAAGAGGUAGACAUCUGAUUAAUUUUCUUGUGAAUAGUCCCGAGGGGACUUUUUUCUUGGAGUCGGUUGAUGCAUCGAGUGAGUCACACGAUGCAAGAAUGUUAGCUGGAUUGUUGGAGCAAAAAGUUGAAGAAGUUGGGAAAGAAAAUGUCAUUCAAAUAGUGACCGGCAAUGGAGCAAUCUAUAAAGCCGCGGGCAAACUUUUGGAGGAGAGGAUUCGGACAUUAUUUUGGACUCCUUGUGCAGCACACUGUCUUGACCUCAUGCUAGAGGACAUUGGGAAGAUGAUGGAGUUCAAGUCCAAGAUUGCAAGUGGUAGAAAUAUUACCACUUUUAUUUAUAGACAUGGGCGAAUCCUUAGUGCCAUGAGAGAGCAUACGGGUGGGCAAGAUCUUAGUUUGUACAAGCACAAAAAUGCUUUGAGAGCUCUAUUUGUUAGUGAAGAUUGGGUUCGCUCAAAAUUAUCCAACACCGAAGCGGGUAAAACGGUGUGUGAGAUCGUGUUGUCGUAUAGAUUUUGGACUGCGGUUGAGGAUUGCUUGAGGGCAUCACAUCCCAUUUUGAUUGUGUUGAGGAUCGUUGAUGCUGAUAGUACUCCAGCUAUGCCCGAGCUUACGAUGGCUAUGUUGGCUGCUAAGAAAAAGCUCAAUGAAUCAUUUGCAAGCAAGCCAAGGUUGUUUGGAAAGUUGAUGGCUAUUGUAGAACGAAGAUGGGAUGAUCAGAUGGGAGUGGAUUUAUAUGGAGCCGCCUUAUUUUUAAAUCCUUCUAAAUACUUUGACCUUAAGGCGACGGAUAGUACAUGUGCUCGUAAGCAACGAGCCAUGUUCAAUACAAUACUUCAUAAGAUGAUUGGCGAUGAUGACUUGCAAGUGAAGAUCAUCAAUCAAGCAGAUAACUACGAUAACAUGAGGAACGACUUUGGAAUGCCAUUAGCAGUCAAGCAACAAAAAGCAAAGACUCAUCGUAAGUAA